AUGCCUGCUGCGUCCGUUACUUCGUCCAAACCCAACUCUGCUCCGAGCUCCAAGCCUUCGUCAGUCAAGUCUCACGAUGGUUCCAAAAAAUCUCCUGCUCUCGCUUCCCAAGACGGCGAUUCUGCCAGCGAAUCUUCGCACUUGAGGGCCCCUUUGGAAAAGGCUUCUGUCAAGGAACGCUUCACCCGCAUCUUUUCCAGCAAAGAGGUCGCCAAGAGCAACGGCUAUGCCGAGCAAGCUGGCCGAUCCCGAGGUUCUUCUCUCAACGGCGCUUCGUCCCCUGCGCCGUCCCGCAAAGAAUCAUCCGAGAAGCCUUCCGAAAAGCCGUCACCAAACCCUUCCAAGGUCAUUCCCGGCAAGGAACUAGGCAUGCGCUUCGCUCCCAACCCAGACGUCCAGGGCGGCCACGAGCAUCACCUGAAAUCGAGCCGCCGGCAGGAAAAGCUUUCCGACAUGUGGCGCACUCUUCUGGGCAAGAAGCCCGAGGCCUCCCCCGACCAUGACCUCUCGCUCGUCUCCAACUGGGUUGACUCGCUACGCCAGGAGAGGGAAGAAGCCGCCGAACGAAAAGGCGGACCCAACCCGUCAUCUACACUAGUCGAGAAAUACGGCAAGUGCCAGGAAGUUGUUGGACGUGGAGCGUUCGGCAUCGUCCGAAUCUCUCACAAAAAACUAGGCGGUUCUGAAAAGCUCUUUGCCGUCAAGGAGUUUCGCCGUCGCCCCGAGGAAACCGAGAAGAAGUACAGCAAACGACUGACUGCUGAGUUCUGCAUAUCCUCGUCUCUGCGCCAUCCUAACGUAAUCCACACUCUGGAUCUGCUCAAGGAUGCCAAAGGUGAUUACUGCGAGGUGAUGGAAUUCUGCGCCGGUGGCGACCUGUACACCCUCAUCCUUUCAAGCGGCAAGCUUGAGGUUCAGGAAGCCGACUGUUUCUUCAAGCAGAUGAUGCGCGGUGUCGAGUAUCUUCACGAGAUGGGCGUCGCUCACAGAGACCUCAAGCCUGAAAACCUGCUCCUCACCACGCGGGGCGCCCUCAAGAUUACCGAUUUUGGCAACGGAGAGUGUUUCCGAAUGGCCUGGGAAACAGACGCCCACAUGGUGUCUGGCCUUUGCGGCUCCGCACCGUACAUCUCUCCCGAAGAGUACACUGACAAGGAAUUCGACGCUCGCGCCGUUGAUGUAUGGGCCUGCGGCGUCAUUUACAUGGCGAUGCGAACAGGCCGUCACCUUUGGCGCGUGGCCAAGAAGGAAGAGGAUGAGUUUUACGCUCGCUAUCUGGAGGGGCGCCGUGACGAGGAGGGCUAUGGCCCUAUCGAGUCCCUGCACCGCGCCAGGUGCCGCAACGUCAUCUACUCGGUGCUGGAUCCCCAUCCAACCCGCCGUCUCACGGCCGCUCAGGUGCUCAAAUCCGAGUGGGUUCGCGAAAUAAAACUCUGCAAGGCCGGUGAAGAAGGUCUGUAA